CCGUGCGAGGAGGGACAGCUUGCAGCCGGAGCCUCCCGGCGGCGCGGCCGGACUCCCGCAGCAGCGCCGCGCCGAGCGCGCCGAGCCCCCGGACAAUGGGGCCGCGGUGGCUGCUGGUGGUCGCCGCGGGGCUCAGUCUUUGCGGCCCUCUGCUGUCGGCCCGCACCCCAGGCCAAAAGGCAGAGCCAGAAGCAACAAAUAGUACUUUCCAUCUCCGGUCAUUUUUUCUCAGGAAUUUACCCAGUGGAUUCGAACCAAUCCCACUGAGGGAUGAGGAGGAAAGAAAUGAGAGUGAGUUCACUGAAGGCAGAUCAAGCUCCGUCAAUCAAAGCAAUCCUCCUCAGAAAUUACCCCACGUGUUCAUCUCAAAUGAUGCCUCGGGCUAUCUGACCAGCGCCUGGCUGACUCUCUUCAUCCCCUCCGUCUACACCGGCGUGCUCGUAGUAAGCCUUCCUCUAAACAUCAUGGCCAUCGUCGUGUUCGUCUUGAAGAUGAAGGUCAAGAAGCCGGCCGUGGUGUACAUGCUGCACUUGGCCACGGCAGACGUGCUCUUCGUGUCUGUGCUCCCGUUUAAGAUCAGCUACUACUUUUCCGGAAGUGACUGGAGUUUUGGGUCUGCGAUGUGUCGCUUCGUCACUGCAGCGUUCUACUGUAACAUGUAUGCCUCCAUCAUGCUCAUGACGGUCAUCAGCAUUGACCGGUUUCUGGCUGUGGUGUAUCCCAUCCAGUCGCUGUCCUGGCGUACUCUGGGGCGGGCUUCCUUCACGUGUCUGGCCAUCUGGGCCAUGGCCAUCGCGGGAGUGGUGCCUCUGCUGCUCAAGGAGCAGACCAGCCAGGUGCCGGGGCUCAACAUCACCACGUGUCACGACGUGCUCAACGAAACGCUGCUCGAGGGCUUCUACGCCUAUUACUUCUCCGCCUUCUCUGCUGUCUUCUUUUUCGUGCCGUUGACCAUUUCCACAGUCUGUUACGUGUCCAUCAUUCGCUGUCUUAGCUCUUCCACGGUGGCCAACCAGACCAAGAAGUCCCGGGCGUUGUUCUUGUCGGCUGCCGUUUUCUGCAUCUUCAUCAUUUGCUUCGGACCCACCAACAUCCUUCUGAUUCUCCAUUAUGCAUUCCUUUCCCGUAACUCCAUGACGGAGGCUGCCUACUUCGCCUACCUCCUCUGUGUCUGUGUCAGCAGCAUCAGCUGCUGCAUUGACCCCUUGAUUUACUAUUAUGCUUCCUCCGAGUGCCAGAGGUACCUCUACAGCAUCUUAUGCUGCAAAGAAAGUUCGGACCCCAGCAGUUAUAACAGCAGUGGUCAGUUGAUGGCUAGUAAAGUGGAUACCUGCUCUAGUAACCUGAAUAGCAGCAUGUACAAGAAGCUGCUAACUUAGGAAAAGGGACCGACAGUGAUUUAAAAAGAAAAGGUGAAAAAAGCAAAUAACCUGAGGAUUCUAUUUAGUCCCUGCCAAAAAAAGUAUUUACUGUACCAUCUAAAACAGCGGAUGUAUGAUUUGCAUGCCUCCUUACUAGAGCCAUUAAGCAUAUAUAUUUGUUAGUUACAGGAAAACAUAACAGGAAUGUUCCUAGAGAACAUUGCCAGUGCUACAACAAGAACUGAAUGUUGCUUUUUGAUGUAUUUAGAUGCCUUAUUAUAGGUGUGUGUGUGUGUAUACACACUUGUAUUGUUUGCAGUGCAGUAUAGAAUAGGCACUUUGAAACCCUCUUUUUUUUCCACCAGAGAUUAUGGAAAUAAACUCUGGCUUUCUGAUUUAAUAUGCAAAGUUUAGUUUGGUGAAGUUUAGCCCUGAAAUUCUGCAGAUGUCCGUCAAUAGUGAGGGGUUCUGUCGUAUGGACUUACAUAGCUUUUGCAAAUAAGUGUAUUUUGAAAUUGUUCAACAGCGAUGUUUAAGUUAUUGAGGGCUGAGACUUAGUCCUGUCUGUGUGUAGAAGUUUUGCUGUUUUUCAUUUGAAACAUAUCAAAGUUUGAAACCUAAAAAUAUUAAAACAGAUGAAAACA